UCGACGCAAAACAAAAUAAAAUUGGAAAACCGCGCGGAUUUUAAUUGAAAAUGUCGCGGGAUUCGCUUGAGCUGCUGGUCCGAAAGUACGGCGAAAGGGGGCAGAGAGAUGAACUGGAGUUGCUCAUAAAAAAUACUUCCGUAAAAAAGCUAACAGACACUCUGAAUGCCACAAUAUCCCGAAGUGAAGGUAUCAAUUUCUGGAAUUACUUUCUGCUCGCUUGCGACCCUGAGAGCGAAGAGUCCAAGCAGAAACGUUUCGCGCUCGUCCGCUGUUUUAUGGAUGGACUGCGUAGUGUAGAACUGAACUACAAGCAAUCCUUCGAUUUGAUCACACGAUUGGCCCGGGAGCUGCCCACCUUCUCUGCUGAUGAACUGGCCUGGAUUAUCGAUCACUGUCUGGAUGGCAUGCGACAGGGAGACGCCAAGUGUGUUGGUUGGAAGGAUUUGUUGCCAGAAUCGCUUUCGCUGCUUUCGGCAACUCCACGUUUUAUACUCAAUGGGGUUGCCUCGGAUGGCACCGAGUAUAGAAAUCGUACAGUGCAAAGUAUAUGUACCAUGCCGUGGCCGUCUUCUAUCCUGACCCCCAUUGCUGACAUGUUCAAGGCCCUAGAGCUCAGCAGCGGGGAAGUCUUGACGGUGCUAAAUAAAUUCUCCGGGGCUCUGCAGGAGCUAUCGCCAAUGGAGCUACCAGCUCUGUGCUUCCAGCUCUUUUCCUUGUGCCAAAAUGCCUCACAGCUGAUUGUUCCGCUGCUGGCAUUGGAGAAGUAUUUCCAUCGCAACUACUACAAGCGCUUGUUCUCAGACAUGUGCAGCAAUUCUACAGAUUUUGACAGCAUUGAUCCUUUUUCGGACAAAGAGCUGCGGGAGGCAGAGGAGACCGUACUCCACCAUUUGAAUUACUGUACUAUGUAUAAGUUUACUGAGAAGCAUCUGGCUGUAAUGUUUAGGAACUUCUCGCAUUUGCCCGAUGUCAUUCUCACGCCAUUCAUGCUCAGCGCUAUUAUUUCGAUGACAGCAAUGAAUCGUGAUCCAGAAAAUGCGCGCAUCUCCCGAUCCAUUUUGCUACCGUUCUUGCGAAAUGUCAUUAAGAAUAAUGAGGAAGAGAUGACGUUAGCAGACGAUUCAGUAUGGUAUCGUGACUCGUUGCAGCGCAAACAAGUGGACUUGCAGCAGGUCUUAACGGUGCUCAUAGAUCAGAACAAAGCUGGAAAGGAUGUAAUAACACCAGGACUAAUCCACCUAGUAUUUUUUCUGCUUAAGUCGCAGUCGCCCAAAAUGCAUGCUCUUGCAAUUACAUUUUUAACGAAGUUCAUUCGCAAACGUUUCAUCUUUGGGCAAGGCAUCAUAAGACAACUUUCCGAGUGGAUGGUUGUACAUCAAGAACAAAACCAGUUUUCAGAAUGUCUAACACUUUUAAGUGUAGCUGACACGUACACCGUCUCUGAGUGCACGAAAACCAUCCAAACAGUUAUGGAGCAUAUGCUAUGGCUGCCUGGAGAGCAAGCCAUGCGCAUGAUGAACUUUCUUUUGCCCCUGCUGAAGAUUUCCAAUCGAGUACGCGAUUCCCUGAUUGAUGUGCUGUGCAAAGCAAUGAGUUCUAGUGGCAUUCAAAAACGUCGGAUGGCAAUUUACGGAUUUUGCAUGAUCCUUAAGCAGCUUAACAACAGCAACGCACUGCGUCAGACCUCAAGUGCAACUAGCUUCUGCACGCAGCAGAGCAUUUCCGGGUACUCAAUGAUGACACAAAAUAGCCUAGGAAGCCGAAGCAAUCCGCAACGCAAUUUCGACAUGCUCACUCUGGAAAUAAUAGGAAUGUUGCGAAAUUGUUUGCAGCAGCAGUUUGAAAUACGAUACACGCUCUAUGAGAAUCUGCAGCGGGCCGUGGAGCUAAAUGCAAAACUUGUGCCUCAUGUCUUACAAGUGAUUGAUUGGCAUUUUCGAAGCUUUUUUGACACUCCUUCGGCAGAAGAAGCUGGCGACAGCUUAGACACAGUAUUUCGUAUACGCUACGAUCAGCUGGUUAGUGCCAGCGAUCAGCUACAUAUGGAAAUUCAGCUUAAAGAUAACCUGGGGAGGUUGAUCCAAUUUGUCGCCAACUGCUUGGUAAUCUUUGAGCGUGCUGCGUCCGGCUAUGACACACGUGAGAUAAAUCGGCUCCUGGCCUUAUGCGUGCAACGAAUGGUGGAAAACAGAUUGCCAACAGAAGACGUUUCACCUCCAGCCACGCCUAAAUGCGCUCUAGCUCUGCAACAGCUCAAUCUUAUUGAAGGAAUCGUUUCCCAUUUAUUGCUGAGUUCCAAAGCAGGCAACGAUGCCAUAUGUCAAGUGCUGCCGCUUUUCAAGCAGCAUUGCAAGUUGUCGGACGAUCUUAAGACUUUGGCUGGCUCCUCCAAGAGGGUACAGAAACAAUCAAAGAAAACAGCUGGUAAUGAUACCACAACAUCCACUGUCAACCUCACUGUAAAUGGCAUCCCAAUGAAGAGCAUGUGUACACAACCUGAGAAUAUAUGGAAUUUACCUAUAUUGGAUAAGCUGCUUCAUCUACUCUUCGAUGACGUCGUUCCAUUUGCCGCGUCUGAGAAAACCAUUCAGUUGCGAUCUAAUGAGACCCUGGUUCGUUAUGUCGUGCUCACUACCGCCGAGAAAGUGAAAAAUAUUCGCCUUGAACCUGACUAUAAGCAACUGGCUUACAGCAAACGUACCUUAAAGCAGUUAACAGACAUCACCAAGGUUAUUUAUGAGCGUUGCAUUCGGCGCUUGCCCGAGCUGUGGCGAGACUUUGACAUGCAGACCUCAUCGCUGGCGGCUCAAUGUUUUGUUGAAUGUCUACGAACAGCCCACGAAACCUAUCCCAAGAAGUUCAAGGAAUUUGUCAAUGGAUUUGAUAUGGCAUUCCUGAACAAAAGUAAAUCGGUGACCUAUGUUGUCCAGGAUGUGGUGCACCAGUUUAUGAAAGAGUAUGAAACUGAUGAAUCACUUACGAAAGAUAUCUUUACCGCGAAAUUGCCGGUAUGCCUGCUGGAGUCAUUGGAAAUUCUGUUUGACCAUAUAGAUUACGGAGAGCGUGCGGUAACUGAGUCCUAUAGUUGGCUCCUCAAUUUUUGCCGUACUUAUGAGUUGGUAAAUUCCGAAAUGGGAUUGGUGCAUCGCCUUCUAUUUGUCCAGCGUCAGAAAACGCACUCGGGUCCCUUUUUUGAUAGCAUUGCUAAACAAUUGGGGCAUGUGCUUGGCGCGCUUAAUGAUGACAUAUCAAUAGAUGUUCCAGAUCCAAGUCUUAAGUCCAUAAGCACAAUUACAGCAGAGAGCUGUUUGCAGCAUCUCUAUGUUGCCGUCCAGAAGCAGCUGCAACAUGUGGAAUAUUUCGUCGUAAAGGCCAACAAUUUAAGCUACAAUUGCCAACUAGUGCCUGAAGCAGAUAAAAGUUAUUGGCGGGGAAAACUAGAUGUCAUGGAACGUUCUAUUUGCACUCAGAUAAUUCUCAUUUCACGCACGUUAGUGGCUCUCACCAAUGUCUGUAUUCCGCUGGGAUCUUCUAUGGAAGGACUUAUGAAAUUAUUGAUACAGCACUACGUAUGCCUGAAGAACCUGACAAAGCACUAUUUGUCCUGCUGCACAUCAGAUGCCAGCAUUGCCAACAUGCGAAGCACUAAAUUCGAACUGCUUCUACGGGAAGUAGGAAAGCAACUGCCGGCCAAUGUCUAUGAACUUAUUACUUACAUAGAAGCGAAUACUCUCGAUGAGGACGCCAAUAAGCAUCUCAAGAAUAACGUACAAGCACAGCGAGCAAAAGUGCUCAGAGAGACUCGCCAUAUUCCCAAAGUAAUAAUGGUUAUUGAGGACUUUAACAAGCACAUUAUUUUAUUGUCCAAGAAGACCAAAACCUUUAAUAGACUAACAGAUUAUCUGCAUCUGGGCACCAUGCGGGACUUUGAUAUAAAAUCAGCUGAUCUCAAAGCGGCAAUAGAACGCACUUUAUCGGACACACACGAGAUUGCUGAAGAUGACUGUAAUAGAGAGGAUAUGGAGGAUAUUGAUCACUCUAAUGAACCAAACAACGAGGAGGAGGAGGAGGCGGAACUGGAGCAAGCCCCUAACAAGAGACAACGACAAAGACGAGUUCUUAGCAGUGAUGCAGAGGAGUCGCAACCAAAGCGUAAACGUGGUCCCAAAGCAAAGAAGGUCCAGAGAGCUAAACCGCAGAGUAAUGAUGAGCAGGAAAGCAAUGAAGAGCAGUUAGAGCCCGUUCAGAAAAUGCAGCGGUGUAAUAUAACUAAAAAAAAACAAACGAAAAAGUCCAGUCGUCUUUUGGAUGAGGGUACCAAUGCCAAGGAGUCAGCUGAGGAACCAGGUCCGACAGAGCAGCCCACAAAAGACAUUCGUAAAUCACAGGAGCGCGAGACGGGACCCAGGCCGCGUAGGGUCGGUUUGUUACGUUCAGGAAAGAAAUAAAUGCGAUUUCUGGCUAAAGCCUGACAUGAGAGGAUACUCUCAGCGCGUGUAUCCUUUUAAGGGUCUCGCCAUUCCCUGCUUGGACAAAUAUAUCAGUAUAUACCAGUUCCAUUGGAAGUGCAAAUAGUGCCAUGGUUCAGUGUGCUUGGUUGCCCGACGGAAAGUAGUUUAGUUUUGCAAACCAUUUGCUGGGUCUCCAGAUUAAAAUAUAUUGAAUUAAAAUAUCCUUUCUACUCCUAUGCAUAUUUUUACCAUAAUAUGAUACGAGUACAAAAAUA